ACGUAUCUAGGCGCAGUAGCCAGGAGUAGAGUGUUGUAAUUAGGCAAACCUUACAGGAAAGGAAGGUUCGGCGGCCACGCAAGCACCGAAAAGAAUGUAUUAAUACCGAGGGUAUCCGGCUAGAAUAUGCAAAUGUUUUGGCUAAUGAGAAGUGAUGUAAGUAAUGAAAUGCACCCCCUGCGAACAUAGGGAAGGAGAACAGCACGUUGCCUCAAGUUUUCUGUUAUAGCGGUCGUUCAUGCGGCCUUCACAUCGAUCGUCCGCAGGGACGAUCAGACACAUGCUUGUGCCUGGCGUCCCCGCGCCACUGGGGAUGUCUCAGAUGUCAACUUGGCGCUGCCUGGCCAACAGCUUCCUUUCCUCUCGUUCUCCCUUCCGCAAGCUUCAGCGGCAAACAAAACAAGGAUCACUCUCCCAUCCGUUCCCAUGCAUGCCGAGCACGAGCUGCUGCGACUCUCGUACCGGGAUGGUUCUGCAAGCAUUCCCGAUUAGGGAGUUGAGUUUCUUCGUGGCGAAUGACGUGCGCAAUCCGAGCCACGGCUCCCUGCGGAACAUGCAUAAAGGGAGUACCCGCACCGUUUUAGCGAUGGAAUGCCGUCAAACUGGGACGCGAGGCGUUCUUGAUAAUCGUAAUGCUGUCCUUCGAGCACAUGGGCGACAGAUGCCAGUUCAUCCUCUCAUGCAGGCUGUAGCCUUGAUGAGCAUGUAGAGUAGACGGGGUG